AUGGGUUGUGCCAGCUCUAUGCCGGCAGAUGCUCAUCAGGUGCAAGAUUCCGUGGCUGGGCACCGAAUCGACUGGGCCACAGCCGUCAGCAGUAAGAAGAAGAUGGAGGACAUUGCGGACAAGUCGGCUGCGGGAGAAGAGUCUUUGUUGGUCCAGAAGGUCGAUACCACGGCGACCACAGCAAGCGGAGAGACGGACUCCUGCAAGGAGAGUAUCCCCGAGAAGGAUCGCCGAAUGUCUUGGUACUCGCAUUCACGCGCGGAGGACUACCCAGUUGGUCGGAUGAUUGAACCAAACCGAAAACUUCACGACAAGCAUGUACGGAGGCUGCGCGCCUUUCUCCAUGAUGUCGAUGCUGCGCCCUUCAUGUUCAAGCGAAUGGUUCACUGCAAGAGGCUCCACGACUUCGGAGACUCAUAUGUUUUGGAUGAUGAAGUGGCUCGGACGCAUUCAGAACAAAUCGCGUCCCUCCAUCUUCCAUUCUUCCAUUAG